AUGGCUGGAAGAUCCUUAGAAGUGCUUCGGCGUCGCAUCGCCGUGCUGAAAUCCUUCCAGUCCCGCUUGCUGUGGCCACCAGUGACUGAAUUUGAGGCAUUUGGCCAAUCUUUCCCACUUCCGUUUCGCCACACCGCAGCUGACGGCACUGUCUUGCCCCAACCUCUGCUACCCUACCUGGCAGGUUUUUUUGAUGGAGAUGGCUGUAUUUGUGCGCAAGGGGUCUGCAGACUCCACGUGGGCCAAGCAGCACCAAGGCACAAAGUGUUGUCCCUGUUUGCGACCACAUUUGGCGGAACCGUGAGCACACACAAGCGUGGUCUUGGUCUUAGCCAGCCAUCCUUGCAGUGGACCAUCACCGGGCAAGCAGCUCAGAUCGCUGCAUCAAAGCUUGCUGCCGAAUGCGUAGUAAAGAGUCCUCAGCUUCGUGUGGCAGCAUCGUGGCCCAUUGAAAAGCACUUGAGGCUGGAUGCGAAACGACGCUUGACAGCAUUGAACAGCCACUCGCAGUAUGACACUGCACAUCGCAGCUGCUCUUGGGCAUAUAUUGCAGGGUUCUUCGAUGCUGAGGGAUGCAUCAUGUGCCCGUCUUCUCAAAUUGCGGUAAAGCUGUCACUAUCCCAAAAGAGCACGUCUGUGCUACAUUGGAUUGACGGUUUCUGGCGCACAGACCUUGGCUUGACAUCAUCUUGGACACUUGACGCAAAGUCUGGAGUUACCACGGUUCGUGUCGAGGGGCAGUCUGCCACGCCCUUGCUGAUGCGACGGCUGCUGGACAACGGACUCUUGUUAAAGAAGCCACAGGCAUUGCUCGGUCUGAGCUUCAAGGACUUGCAUUAUGCAGAGCUUCGAGAUCAAGUGUCUCGCCUGUCCGGCAACCAAAGCAGAUACCAGACCUUGAGCCCAGAAGGGUGCCAAAGAGCAAGAGACAUCCUCAGAGUCCGCCGUCUCGUUCGAUACAGACUACACCAAAACAGGUCUGACGAAGCGGCGCACUUGCUGCAGCGACUCCAAGGCAUGCAACUAGAACAUGAACGCCUGAAUGCGCUGCAUGUCUAUCGGUCUUUGCGAAGCGAUAUCCGGGAGCUUCUGGCCACUGGAGCUAGCAUCACCAAGCAAAGUCCUACAUCGGUCGCAAAUUCCGGGCGUGCCCCAAGGCUUAGGAUCACAUGA